UGUCGAGGCAGGAAGGUUAAUCACCAGUUUCUGUGGGAUUCCAACUGUUUUGUGAUGUUUGUGAUGACUUGUGAAAAACUAGCCAAUCCCAGAUCUGAAAAAUGCUGAAGCAGAGUUUGGUUGGUCAGAUGAGUAUGUUUAACUGGGCAUGGGUAGCAUGACUGUUCUGUUCAGUCUGAGCUAUCUACUCUCCUUAAACAUGAGUCUAGAACGGCUGCCAACUGGCUGCUGCACCGGCUACCCCAGCUGGCAACGGUGCAGGCAGUUUGCUUCAGAUGGAUGUGAGGACGUAAAACACAGUGGAAACCUUGGAGGGGCUGGGAUCCAGUUGACAGGCUUGGACGCUGCACAGCUGAAAGGCAACCUUUUGGUCCUCUAUGCACCUGCUGGGUACUCCUGUUUGCUCAGAUUGGUAGGCUACGGAUGAGCAGGUAGUUGGUGGGAAGAAAAGAGUAGUUGUGAAAUGUGCUGUUAAUACUUAUUCAUUUAUUAUUAAAAAAUGCAAUAUUUAGUGAUUGCAUUGUUAUCAGCUGUUGUUUGUUUAUUAAAUAAGGAUUGUUUUAAGAAUUCUAAAAACACAACUUACCAGUUAAUGUUGAUAUUUAAAAUGAUUGUUUGGCCAUAGCAUGGGAUUUUGUUUGAUGGAACAACGUGAUUGUUUAUAUAAAUCUGAUCUGUUAAGUUACCAUUGGAGACUAGAGGUAGAAGGAUAACGUCUUGUGAAAGACAUACAUGAAUGAGCCUCUGUCCAAGCAGGCUGGGCAUUGGUGUGUGGAGCUGUACACCUCCAUCAGAGUUCCUAACCUUCAACAGGUUGCAUCUUCUCUUCUGGUGGUACUAGCUUUUCACCCCUUGCAUUACUGCCAUUUAAUAGGUCUGUUUUGGAGAAUACUACCAAGUCAAAUAUUUCCUGUGAAAUGCUUAAAAAUAGUGAUGGAUUUUUAAGCACAUUCUUGAAUAUUACAGCUGUUUGAUUUAUAGGUUGUUUCACCAUCUGUUAUCGUGACACCAGCUCCAUUCUCUCCCUAUUUGAUCUUAUGUUGAGCGCAAUAAUGAGAUGUGGUCUUUGAUCCUUUGAAGUGUAACCUUAGUCACCAUUACUAUGCACAGCCAUUGUAUGAAAAGGGAGGGGCUAAGGAGGGAGAAAACAGGAUUCAGAGCAACAUUGACAGAGACCAACUGCAAUUUAACAUCACUACCAGUCGCAAGUUUCACACAGAUUGCGAUCCAACUUUGAUGCUCUGACUUAUCGGGUCUGAUCUGUGUUGUCGUACCUGAGCUUACAACUGCUGUGUCCCCCCGCCCGCCCCCCACCUCUGCAUCCUUUACCUUAAAUGCUCCCAUCUGCAGCACUGCCAGAAUAAGAAGCUGCAGGGAGACCUUGAUGACUUCCACCUCCAGCCUGGCCCAUAGCUGCAGCCCUGCAGCACCAACAGAAUCUGUGGACACAGCUGUAUGCAGGGAGGAUCAGGUUUCUGCUUCUCAGGAGCAGAUUUACCUCAUAUCAAAUGCUAGCUGUUCCAGUGAUGCUAUCAUGGUAGCCGCACACCUGCUGAUGAUGGAAUCUGGCUUCAUCUCUCAGGUCGGUGAGCUUAACAGUGGUGAAAUGCCAAUCGGAUGGAAGUUGCCAGGUGGAGUCUACAAGCUUUCAUAUUCUCAUCCUGUGUGUAACAACAGGAUGGUCAUGGUGAUAGGCAUAUGCAUGGGCCCUACCCUUGCCAUCACUGCCUCUCUGAAGGUUUGUGAAACAGUCGAUGCAGUUGGUACACUCUGCGUAAACCCCUGUACCUACGUAAUACACCAGGGGCAAGGGAACAACACAACUGUGGUGUUGCAGGACCAAACAGAACUGUUUAAAGCCUUCAGAGACCAACUGAUAUUACCGCUAGAUACUGCUGUCACAGAAAUAGCAUCGAUGCCUCUAGUAAGUCUGGAGUCCCUCCCCCCAGAGCUGCUUCUUCGUAUUGUCUGCCUCCUGGACAUCCAGUCCGUUCUGAGACUCUCCACUGUCUCCAGAUACUUAAGCUCAACCACAGUAGACCAGAUGCUGUGGAGACACCUGUACCGUAGAGACUUUGCAGAUCCAGGUUCCAGCAUUUCCCCAGACACUAAUUGGAAAGAACUUUACAAACAGUCGUACAGAUCCAGCAUUAACCAGGAACACGCUGGCCACCACAGCCUUCUGACUCCACUCCUCCGAGACUCUCGAGACAUCUUUCCCAUUCCUUUUGCCCUGCACCCCCCAAUACCUGGCAUCAUUGGAGGCAGGUAUAACCUGAGACCAAAUCUUCCCUGUGGCCUUUUUCCCUGUCCACACUACUAUCCCAUAACUACCUUGCCUCACUAUCAUGACGAUUACCCCGUGUCGGUGUAUGAAGAGUGGGACUGGAAUAUCUUUGAUUAUGAUUAAGAAAAGCUGUUAGGUCUGGAAGGAUGACGAUUCACUGCUUAUGCAAAGUUUCCUUGAACGUGAUCGUGAACAAGGCAAAUAAUGCUGUCGUUUAAUGUUUAUAUGCAUGUUCACUUUUAAAAAAAAGGGAUAAAGAAGCAGUAGUUUUGGACAUACUGUACAUACUAUAGUGUACUUUAUAUACAACUAAAAUUAUAGAGUAAGAACUGGAGGCAAAACAUGUAACUAGAUGUGACAGCCUGUGGAAUGGGAGUCGUAUAUAUAUUUUAAUAAAAUUGUAUAAUAGUUGUCCAUUUUAUAUUGAGGAAUAACAAAGCAUAGAUAGUUAGGAUAUAUAUUUCAAUACAUUCUUUAGUGUGUGAAAUGUUUUGGUUUUUUACCAAUGUUGAAAGGUGCAGUCUGUGGUUCUAGCACUGCCGUCUUAGCAUUAGACGUACUGUACUUUCAACUGCAAAUCAACAUCCAGUGCUUUCAGAAAAUGCUGAAAACGCUUCAGCUGUGGUGUUGUCUUUGUUCUUUACAAGCUGUUGCUCCUCUGCUCAUUGUCUUUAUUCAGCUACUUUUCUUUGACAUUUUAAUAUUGCACAAUCUUGUUAUUUAUUUCAAUUACUAACAGUCAUAACUCCAAAAUCAAGUUUUAUCAAGUAUUGAAGACUUUCUGCUUGCCUUAAGUGGGUCGCAAUUUUUUUUUUUGGGGGGGGGGGUCGUCUCACAUCAUGUUUCCCAGGAGUUUACGUAAAAUGACUAAUGACUUGAGUCACAAGGUUUUAUGACAUUUAAAAUAUGGGUCUCCAGAAAAAAGGUUUGGGAAACACUGGUCUAGAAUACCAGAAUUAUUACCAUAUUUGUAGUUUAGUCAAUGGAACAUUAACUUUAACAAGAACAUUUGGGCCUCCUGUAUCUAAAAAUAUGUC